GUGGAAUGGAGAAAAUAAACCAGCAUACCUUUGCAUUAGCUCACUACACCUAUACUGUGCUGUCUACUUUAAAAUAUGCCAAUGGGGCUCCUGUAGUACGUAUUUACAGCGAUACAGAUUUCAGCAAUCCUGAAGCCCAGGGUCCAAUCAUUAAUUUUAACGUGCUCGAUGAAAAUGGAGAGGUGAUUGGCUUUUCACAGGUAUCUCAAAGUGCAAAGUUACAUAACAUACAUGUCCGCACAGGUUGCUUCUGUAAUACAGGAGCCUGCCAGAUGCAUUUGGGUAUAAGCAAUGAGGACAUCCAAAGGAACCUGCAGGCUGGUCACGUCUGUGGAGAUGAUAUAGACCUAGUGGAUGGGCGUCCUACUGGUUCUGUGAGAAUAUCCUUUGGCUACAUGUCUUCUUUUGAAGAUGCACAGACUUUUUUGAAAUUCAUCGUAGCCACCAGACUCUCCAAGUCGGACACUGAGAUUCCACUCCAGUCCUCUGUUACAAAGCUGACAACAGAGUCUGUCUCAGAUGACCACCCUUCCUUUAACAAUGCAGAUAAAUUGUCUCGAAUACCACACAUCUCAGACACAGAACUCAGGAAUAAUUCAUCUGUGACAAAGACAACUGUCAACUGGCAGCCACCAGAGGCUGAGGUGGAAAGCAUAAGGGCAGCUGUUUCUGAGACUGCAGUACCAACAUGUAGAAGAGGUGGCAAGCCCAUCACUGUCACCAACAUUUACCUCUACCCAAUCAAAUCCUGCUCUGCAUUUGAGGUUACAGAAUGGCCAGUGGGAAACAAGGGUUUGCUGUAUGACCGAAACUGGAUGGUUGUAAACCAGAAUGGAGUCUGCAUGACUCAGAAACAGGAGCCAAGGUUGUGUCUUGUAAAUCCCUCAGUUGAUCUGAAGAAAAAGGUUAUGGUCAUCCAGGCACAAGGUAUGGAGCCAAUAUCUGUAUCACUAGAAGAAAAUACUGGAAAAGAGGUUGUGAUCUGCGAGAGUAAAGUCUGUUCACACAGGGUAAAAACAUAUGACUGUGGAGAAAGAAUUGCUGGCUGGUUCUCUUUGUUUCUUGGUCGUCCAUGUCGCUUGAUAAGACAAAGUUCAGACAUGAAAAGCCAAUCACAUCAGAAAAAUACAAAAGGUUUGGCAUCUGCUACAAACAUCUCACUGUCUCUUGUGAAUGAAGCACAAUACCUCCUGAUAAAUGUAGCAAGCAUUCUGCAGCUGAAAGAACAUAUUUCUGCAAGAUUGGAAGAGCCAUUGGAAAUAGAGGAAUUAAUCCGACGUUUCCGUGCCAACAUUGUCAUCAGUGCACCGGAGUCCUUUGAAGAAGAAGAGUGGGCUGAGAUUUCAAUAGGUGCUCUGCAAUUCCAGGUUGUGGGUCCAUGUAGCAGAUGUCAAAUAAUCUGCAUUGAUCAACAAUCUGGGGAACGAAACAAAGAAUUUCUGCAGUCUCUGUCUGCUGCCAGAGGUAGAAAGACAAACUUUGGCAUAUACCUGAUGAACCAACCCUUGCACUCAUCCUUUCCAGAUAUUUUAUCAGUUGGGUCUCAAGUACUUCCAGUGCUGAAGGAGAACACAGAAAUUCAGCCCCCGACAUCUGGUGAAGAAAAAUGUUCAGGAUAG